UAUUUUUUUCCUGGCUUUUACAAAAGUUGGAAUUCCUAUCAAGAUUGUCAUAGUUCGUAGAAUCAGCAGUCUGAAGCAGAGUGCUCCAGGAAGACUUGUAUUUUCUGCUUCUGGAGUCUCAGCUGUGUAAAUGCAGCUGACAUUCUUGGUCCGCCUUGCACACUUUUACAGUUGCUCUGCAAAUGUAAUUUAUAUUGUUUACAAUUAGAGAAAACAAGAACUGUGCGAUUAAGAGAGGGAUAAUAUAUUAUGAACUCAUAUAUGGUGACAAAUUUUAACAGGUCUUAAAGACAAAUGCCUUGCAAUAUGUCUCUGAAAGCUGCUUUUGGGAUAUAGUUAAAAUGAUCAUUUGUUCAAACAAAGGAACAGUUUUCUACCAGUGUCUACAAGAUAGAUAAGCAUUUUUCAUUAUUAGCUUGCUAGCUUCAUUAUUUUUGUAGCCAUGGCAGCUGCUACAAUAGUUCACGAUACCUCCGAAGCUGUGGAGCUAUGUGCUCCAUAUGGGCUGUACCUUAAGCCCAUUACAAAAAUGACAAUCAGUGUGGCACUUCCUCAGUUAAAGCAGCCAGGAAAGUCUAUUUCGAAUUGGGAGGUGAUGGAAAGACUGAAAGGAAUGGUGCAAACACAUCAGUUCUCAACAUUACGGAUUUCCAAAAGUACCAUGGAUUUUAUCCGCUUUGAAGGAGAAGUGGAAAAUAAGAGCCUGGUUAAAUCCUUCCUUGCGUGUCUAGAUGGCAAAACUAUAAAACUAAGUGGUUUUUCAGACAUUCUGAAAGUUCGUGCUGCAGAAUACAGAAUUGAUUUUCCUACUCGACAUGACUGGGAUUCCUUUUUUCGUGAUGCAAAAGAUAUGAAUGAAACUCUACCAGGGGAAAGACCUGACACUAUUCACUUGGAGGGUUUACCUUGUAAAUGGUUUGCACUGAAAGACUCUGGCUCAGAAAAGCCAAGUGAAGAAGUUCUUAUUAAAGUGUUUAGCAAAUUUGGGGAAAUUCGUAAUGUGGACAUACCCAUGUUGGACCCAUACAGGGAAGAAAUGACUGGAAGAAACUUCCAUACGUUCAGUUUUGGAGGCCAUUUGAAUUUUGAAUCCUAUGUUCAGUAUGUGGAAUAUGCAGGUUUUAUCAAGGCUAUGAAUGCAUUGCGAGGGAUGAAGCUGAUGUACAAAGGUGAAGAUGGCAAAGCAGUAGCUUGCAACAUAAAGGUUUCAUUUGAUUCAACAAAACAUCUGAGUGAUGCUUCAAUUAAGAAACGUCAGCUAGAAAGGCAAAAACUUCAAGAGCUUGAAAAACAAAGAGAAGAACAAAAACGUAAAGAAAAAGAAGCAGAGGAAAGACAAAAAGAGGAGGAAAGGAAACAAAAAGAACUUGAGGAAUUAGAAAGAGAGAAAAAGAGAGAAGAAAAAUUAAGGAAAAGAGAGCAAAAACAAAAGGAUCGUGAAAUUCGUAGAAACAAAAAAAGACUUGAAAAAAUACAAGCUGAAGAGCAAAAAAAGCUGCAAGAAAAAAUAAAACUAGAAGAGAGGAAACUUCUCUUAGCUCAAAGAAAUCUUCAGUCCAUUCGCCUAAUUGCUGAACUGCUGAGCAGAGCCAAGACAAUAAAACUUCUGGAACAGGAGCACAAUGAGGAAAAAGUUCGCAUUCAGCAGUUGGAAGAGAGAAGGGUGCUGCAGGAAGCUGAACUCCGAAGAGUAGAGGAAGAAAAAGAGAGAGCUCUCGGACUGCAGAGAAAGGAGAGGGAGUUGCGUGAAAAACUGUUAAGUAACCUCUUGAACAAGAAAAUAGAAGCAACCCAUCUAAAAAAGACUGUACCUAGUACACUGCAGUGUAUCCCUUUGAAAACCCCUGCAAGUUUUUCUCACUCUAUGGUACCUACCUCAGUUCAGUCCAUCAUGACUAAACCAGUUCUGCUCCCUCAGAGCACCAUAGCAGCUAAUGAACAUCUGGGCCAUCAGCUCAAGUAUUUAAAUGGGAGCCUUCAUGAGGAUGUUCUUGUCAAAAACCCUAAGAUUAACAUAAGUAACAGAGACACAGUUUCUGAUGAAAGUAGUACAGGUGUCCUUUCAUGCAUCACAGCAAAUCAGCAACAUAAGAACUCAACAGACCACGAACUGAACAUCUACAAAAAGGAAUUCAUAUCAGAACAAGGCAAGUGUAACAGAGAACCCAGCAGGGGAAGAAGUGACUCAUGCAGAGACACACACAACCAUCACAGCAAAGACAAAAUUGGAAAAAGUAGGCAUAAAAGAGACUUGAGUAGCGAGGAUGAAAAAUGCAGAAAAGAAAGACGCCUGCAUAAAAAAUACUCUACAAAAAUUAGCAGUCCUCACCAUAGGAGUUCAAGUCGAGAACAUGCACGACAUAGACGGUCCUUCAGUAGAGACAGGGAACAGGAUAAAAGAGGACAUAGCCAUGGUCACAAGAACACAGGCAAGAAACAAAAACACCAGAAAAGUUCUUUGAGCCACCAGAGAAGCACUUGGAGUAGGUAAUAGAGAACUUUGUUUUUUAUAAGGGCUAUGCCAGACAGGACUGGAGUAGAUUUUUCCUUUCUGCCCUGGAAGGGGGAAAAACUGAUUGGAAAAUUUACUUGAAUAUAGUUUCUGGAGUUAAGAAACAUAUAAACAUACCUUUCAGAAAUAUUUUUGUGACUUCUUAUCUGUCAACUCUGUGUUGACAUCCAGGAAUUCUAGUCAUUCUUGUCCAUGCUUUUUAUCUGACAACUAGCCCUCAUCAGGCCUUCAUCAUUUCAUUUAUUUUUUUUUUUACAAAAAAUCUUCCACUGGAUCCCUUUUAACAAUCACAGCAGUCUUUCAUAAGACAUAAACUGGCAUGUCUGUGUUUCUGAUAAGAGAUAUAAACUCGAUGCGGAGCUGCGUACUUGAUUCAUAGAACUCAGUAAUUCCUUUCAAGGUUUUUUGCUAUCUCAAUUGGUGCUAGAUGCAACCAUAUUUUUAUACAGUGCUGUAAUGAUGCCUUUGCUCUUUUUGACAACUACAUACUUGAUAGAUUGUUACAGGGCCUGAAUGGUCAUAGUGUUUGCAAAUUUACCUGUUUCUGUUCUGUUCAAAAUAAAGAUGCCAGGGUUUUGGAGCCUCUGAGAAAAUUGACACAGGGGUUGCUGUUGCAUUAACAUUUGACUAAUUUUUUUCAAACUAUUGGCUGUUGUCUACAUGCUAUUUUGCAGACAUCUAUAUUUUGAAAGAGGGACCUUCCUGAUAAAUUAUUUUUAUGUGCAAUAUUCAGCUUGUACUUUUCUCUUUUUAUAACACCUUUGCUUCUAGAAAUGAGGCUCAGGAAUUUCCCCAAAUAGUACUGCAGUGCAAAACCAGCUUUUUUACCAUCUCAUGGUAAAACCACAGAAGCCAUUGCCAGUGAACCCAAACUGCUGUUUUAUGUUUCGGUACAUUAAAAAUCUAUACAUAUGCAUUA